UUUUAGUUGCAGUAUCCAUAAACACCAUAUUACCCAAUCACAACACACCACCUUCAAUACCCUUUUCUCAUCUUUCUCUCUCUUAACUCUUCUGUCUCUGCUCUGCUCUGUCUCUCUUCUGAAAGAUCUCUCUCUCUCUCUCUCUCUUCCCUGUGCAUAGAUGUGCUAAAAUUUAGAUUCAUUCCUUGAACCUCGCUACCUUUGCUUUUUUAGGUUUUUGCCCACUUUUUUUUUUCACUUUGUUGUUGCUCAAAACUCAAGGAAAAAGAAAGAAAAAGAAGAAAGAACAGAUCUUUCUCUUUCACAACCUUUUUUUUUUUUUUUUGCUUGGUUUUUUUUGUUUUCUCACUCCUACAAUUUUUUCUGUGCUUCAACAACAACAAUCACUCUGUUUUCUCACUUGGGUGUUUCUAUUUUCAGCUCUUCUGAAAACCCUUUUCAUUUCUACCUUGUAAUUUCUUCACUCUGUGCUAUUUCUGACCUUUCCUGAUUUGGGUAUGGUAGCUUGAAGUUAUUACUUCUGGGAUUUCUCCUUUACUAAUAAUUAACUGAAAUAUUUCCCCUUUUUUUAUUGUUUUUGGGUUCAAUCAUCGAUACUCCGUCACUAAAAACGAUUUCUUAUGACGAUUCAUGUUAGCCGACCCCGAAUUAUUUUAGGAUUAAGGCUUUGUUGUUGUUGUUGUUAAAUCAUCAUCAAUAUAUACACCCUCAAUUUCUUUUGUUGAAUUUGAUCAUCUCAUGAUUCUCAUCUAUACUUAAUCUUCCAUCUUUUUUAUAUUAAUAUCCUAUGCUUGGGAUAUUUUGGAUAGAUUUUCAUUGAUAUUGGCAUAGGUGGGUCUUUUUCUAGAUUCCUCAAGAGGGGUAUAGGCCAAUGAAAGAGUAAAAAAAAAAAAAAGAAAAAAAAAGAAAAAAAAAAGAGGUGGGAGUAUUCUGAUUCCUUUCAAAUGCUCCUUCUCUCUCUCUUUAAUUCUCUAAAAUUGGCAUUGUAAAAUCUCAACCUCUGCAUUUGCUUUCUGGGUUCUUUUUCUUUCUUUGUCUCUCCACCUCAUUUUUACCACCCCAACUCACUUACUCAAAUGAAGUCAAAAUUGUCCCUUUGAUACCAAAAAAAAUAGACACAAAAUUUCAUCAAAAAAAAAAAAAAAUUGAACUUUUGGGUGAGUACAAUUUUCUAUUGAUGAAGUGGGAGAUGGAAGUUUUAUCAUCAUACCUUUCAAGUGCAAGUUGGUUGAUUGAUGAAAGUAGGAGUACAAGAUGGAGUCAAGCUGAAAACAAGAUAUUUGAAAAUGCACUAGCAGUAUAUGAUAAGGAUACACCAGAUCGUUGGCAAAAAGUGGCAGCUAUGCUCCCAGGUAAGACAGUGGGAGAUGUGAUAAAACAAUACAAGGAAUUAGAAGAUGAUGUUUGUAAUAUUGAAGCUGGGUUAGUCCCAAUUCCUGGAUAUGAUACAACCUCUGCUUUCACAUUAGAAUGGGUUAACCACAAUGGCUAUGAUGGUUACAGACACACUUAUAGCCCUGGUGGCAAGAGGGGGCCUCCUGGUCCACCCGGAGCUCGGCCCGCGGAUCAAGAGAGAAAGAAGGGGGUUCCAUGGACUGAGGAAGAGCAUAAGUUAUUCUUGAUGGGUUUGAAGAAAUAUGGGAAAGGAGAUUGGAGGAACAUUUCAAGGAAUUUUGUGGUAACAAGAACUCCUACUCAAGUAGCCAGUCAUGCACAAAAAUACUUCAUAAGGCAACUUUCAGGAGGGAAAGACAAGAGAAGAGCUAGUAUUCAUGAUAUAACAACUGUUAAUCUAGAAACUGAAGCUCUUUCACCAGAUAAUAACAGUAGCAGCAAGAGAUCUAAUUCACCAGAACAAUCCACAAUUACAGUGCAAACACAACAACAACAACAGGCAAAUUCAAUAACCAUGCCUAAAACACAUUUCCAGUGGGAUCAAUCAAGCAACACAACCGCCAUUGCUUUCGAUACGAUGCAAGGAAAUUUGUUCAUGGCACCCUAUGGUGUUGGCUCAUAUGGGUUAAAAGUGCAGGGACAGAAUAUACAGAGGGGUGAUUUUCUAGAAAACUAUGUUGGAGCUCAAAGCAUGGGUUUCCAGAUUCAACCAACACAGCACUAUCCUCAUGGAUGACAUGAAAUUUAAUUAGAGUUUUUUUUAACAAGGAUGUUGUCUUAAUCUUAGUAGUUUGUACUUGUUUACAUCUUUGUUUUUGGGGUUGCUAAAUUGUAUGUUUUCUAGAAGAUAGCUGUGUUUUUGUCUCUCUGCAUGGUAUUGUCUAUGUGAAUAUUAUUAGUCCAUGAUAUUCAAAUUAAAAGUGAAAGAGGCGCAUCAGAUUAUAAAUUGGCUUAGAAUAUCAAAAUCUUGGAUUUUGUAGAACUAAUUCAAAUGAUUAUUCCAAUGGAAUUUUCCCUUGUAUUUUAAUUCCAAUAUCUAACUAUA